AUCUGACUUUAACCUGACUUUAAAAGUAUAUUUAUAAUGAUAUUAAAACCAAUGUGGACACAUAACCUAAAAUAUCAAUCCCAAAACCGAUUUGAUUUGAUGACAUAAACACCUCUACUAAUCAUAACUUCUAUAAGAAAUGAUUAUAAUAUUUUAAAUUGUGGUCGAUUUAAGAUAUGUACGUGAUUAAUCAGAACGAGUAGUGUUCGAUUAUGCCCUUAUGAGAUCAAAUUUGAACAUACUAGCUUCGCCCACAGCCAACAUCCAUCAAAGGAUCUCAUAUGGUACAAUGAUAAUGAAUUAAUGAUUUUUGAUCGGGGCCAAUUUAAGAUAUGUAUGUAAAUAUUUGGACUUAAAUUUAUUUCGAUUUCGAUUUAUGAGAUUAAUUUUGGAGAUACGUAGGGCACUAGGAUUUCAUGAGGUAGAUCAGCAAAGCCAAACCCUCAUGUCCUUCGUCUCUUGAAUCCCCUUCUUUCUUCCUCCAACUGGACAAAAUGUCGAACCGAUCAUCGCAUCACAGGCAAGAUGACUCCCAUUUCAAUGGAAACAGGGGUUUCCGAGGCAAAACCCAGAAAAAAUUCGUGCCCAAAUCACACCAAAGUUCACCAGCAACAUCAUCAGUAGUUCCAAACAGUAACCCUAGUUUUUCCGCUUCUUUACGUCAAUCUCAACCCCCAAAUUCAACUAUUCAUGCUCAGGGGAGCAGAGUUCGAUUAGCAAAUAAUGGUGAGUGGGUUUCAAGUAGCAGUUAUGGUGGCGGCAAUUUUGUUAAUUAUCUUCCCCAAGAUGAAGCUGUUGCUGUUGGUUUGGGUGCUGACGAAGGUGGCUUAGAUCCCCUUGAAUCUCAACGAGUUGUUGAUCUUCUUAACAGAGAGUUGGCCAGAUUGCUUAAAUUAAAACCUAGAGAUUUCUGGCGAGAAGUGGCUGUGGAUACAUCAUUGCACGAAUUUAUUGACAGCUUCCUUCAGUUUAGGAGUAGAUGGUAUGAUUUCCCGUAUCACGGAGCCAAAGGAAUUGUUGCUGGUGUAAUUGUUGGGGACUUGGAGUUAAGCCGCCGUGUUUUCAUGUUUUUGUACAGAAUAUCUUCAAACAAGGAUCAAGGUUCUCGGUCCUCAGCGAGCCUAAGUCAAAAAGAAUUUCAAGCUCUUUUGCAGGAGAAAAAAUUGCUUGAUUUGCCCAAGUUGUUGGAUAUAUGUGCAGUAUAUGGUCAUGAAAAUGAAGAUUUGACUCGAACACUGGUUGCGAAUGCAAUUAAUGCACAGCCUGAUAUCCACAGAACAUUUACUUCCAUGCUGUCUCAUUUCUGGGAUAUUGUUCACACGAUGUAUGAACGUUGCAGGUCUUCUUUAGAGGCUUUGAUUUCUGCUGGUGGCGUUGUUGACAAUGGAUGCAGUCAACGACAUAUCGAAUACUUAGAGGUGAUGGAUUUCUUAAAUGACGCUGUUGUAUCUUUGGGAACAUUUGUUGGCGCGUAUAAGCCUGCCGCUGUUUACUUCUCUUGCCCUAUCGACUCUCGCCAUGGUACUGAGGAAUUGAUCAAUGUUCUUGCAACCUUGCACGACUCGCUGAUACCUUCUUUACGGCAGGGGCUCCAGAUCAUCUUAGCUGCUGCGGAAAACUCGUCUUCCGUACUUUCUGAUGCUUUGGUUAGUUUAAGGAUUCUAUCUUCGAGAUUAGUUGAUCUUGGUUGGAAAUUACUGGAUAAUUGUUACCUUGGUGAGGAGUUAUUCAAAGAUGACCUUCCUUUCCCGGCUGCCAUGAAGAUGUUUCCUGCUAAUGUUGACGAUCCUGUGAUAAGGGCCGAUAUAUUGAUUCAGACUUUCAAAGAGAUUGCUGCCGUUCCUCAGCAUGCUCAGGGUAAACAUCAUCGGGGUACAUUUCUUCAAAAUAUCGAUAGAAAUUACCAAAUUAUGCACCGAAUUGACGGCCUAAAACAAAGUGGAUGGGUUUUCAUUGAUGAUGAGCAGUACCAAUACUUAACCGGGAUGAUGGCAUACCCAUUGCCUGUCAUCUCGAGGAAUUUACCCGAUGCUCCAAACUCUGUCAGUGGUGAUGGCAUCCAGACGGAAGAAGAUACGGCCAUAGCAGAGUCGAAGAUCAGUCAAGUGAAAGACAUUUUCCCUGAUUAUGGGAAGGGUUUUAUAUCAGCUUGUCUUGAAGUCUAUGACAAUAAUCAUGAGGAAGUGAUCCAACGGAUUUUGGAAGGAACUUUACACGACGAUCUGCAGAGGUUAGAUACGACAAUGGAGACGGUUCCGUCUAAGUCUGCUUCAACGGUGUCUAAGAAAGACAAAGGUAAGGGAAUAUUAGUGGAAUCUACGGAAUCCCCUUCUACAAAUUCAAUCUCGGUACCUUUUAGGCCAAAACAUGAAGCAGUUUCGUCAUCGGGAUCGUCUGUAUCGGCUCCGGCUGGAAGAUUCGUCAGAAAGUCUAAAGGUGAUGUGCCUGAUCAGGCAAUGCUUGGUUCCAGAGAUGACAAGCACAUGGAGAAAACAGCUGCUCUGAUGUCGCAAUACGAGUAUGAAGACGAGUAUGACGACUCGUUCGAUGAUCUGGGAAUGACCAUGAUGGAGUCGGGUGUGGAAGAAACGGAGAUUUUUGAGAGAUUCCCGUCGAAAUUAAGCUUGUCUUCAGGGGCGAAAAGCCAAGGUUCCACUUCUUCGAAAUGGAAUUCUAGAUCAAAACCGCAAUAUUAUGUGAAGGAUGGUAAGAAUUACAGUUACAAGGUUGAAGGAUCCGUUGCAGUUGCCGAUCAAAAGCAAGCAUCUCUAGUUAAUCAAGCUCAAAAAGAACUAAUACACGGACUAGGACGUGGCGGAAACCGUCCACUUGGUGCUGUAAAAGAGCUCGAAGAGAAAAAUGAAGCAGAAGGAGAUGAGGGCGAUUCUUCGGAGGCGGAUGGGGGAGAUAAUGCUGGAAGAGGCAGGGGAAGGGGACGUGGGAGACGAGGUGGAGGAAGACAUAAUUACUACAGAAAGGAUAGAGCUUUGAGAAAAUACAUGGCUGGAAUUGGUGGGUCUUAGGUUUGUACUCUAAAGAAAUGAAGUAAUGUACAGUCGAGUGUAACAUACGUCAGUUAAUUCGUUUUCUGGAUUUGUGGUUCGCUCAAAAUGAUCCUAAAAUAGCCCUAAAUCGACCAUAAUUUGCUUUUUUUGAUUCGCGAUUCGCAAGGAGAUUAGUGAAUCAUGUGACAGUGGUACAAUCAUAGAGUUAUUUAGCUUUGGGAGCAUAGUUUAAGAUAUCGAAUACGGGUGACGGAAAUGGUCUCGAAACAUAUUUUGCGGUCAAUUUGGCUGGUAUCUCUGUUCUUGUCUGUUUUUGUAGGAUAAUUAAUUUAAGAGCUUAAUCCCCUGAUUUGUAAUUAAUCAGAAAUUAAGAGUUGGUGGAAGCCUGUCUUUGCUAUCUUGUCAUGCUAUGCAGUAAGAUUAUUUGAGAAGAUGAUGGUACCUGUAAAAUACGAAAAUUUGAAAAAAAUAAGAUUAUUUAAUAACUUUAUUCCAAAAA